CAGGUAUGGAUGGGUGACCUAGAUCCAUCGUGGACAGAAGAGUCUAUUUCAAGCAUAUGGGUCUCAUUUGGCGAGAAACCCGUGGGAGUGAAGAUUAUGAGAGAUAAAUCAGCGUCUGCAAAGCCUGCCUAUUGUUUUGUUACCUUCGAGAAUCCAGAUAUUGUUGCCCGAGCCAUGCAAAAGAAUGGUAUGGCAAUUCCCGGAUCCCCCCGUGUCUUGAAGCUCAAUUUUGCCAGUGCAGGUGGAAAUAACCGAUUUUCGGGUCCUGCCACAGGCCAAAGUGGUUUUGCAAAAGGGGACAGCAUCAAGAAUGAAAACUCGAUCUUUGUGGGGGAUCUUGGAGCUGAAGUCACUGAAUCAGUGUUGUCGCAAAAGUUCAGCGAAAAGUAUCCAAGUCAGAUUAGGCAAGUGAAGAUCAUGGUGGAUCCAUCUUCAAAAGUAUCUAAGGGAUUUGGAUUUGUGCGGUUUUAUUCUUCUGAGGCUCAGAAAAGGGCAUUAACCGAGAUGAAUGGUGUUACAAUUGGGAGCAGGCCAAUAAGAGUUGGUUUAGCAGCAGGUUCUGCCGCUCAAUUACCAAUAGCUACAGCAAUGAAAGCGGAUUCACCUGACGUAUCAAAAAUUCAGAUUGUUCAAGCACAACCUAGUCUAACCCAAUUUACCGAUCCGAAUAACACCACUGUGGUGAUAAGAGGAUUAUCAAGCAAAUUUACUGAACAAGAGCUCGAAGCACACUUCCAAUCCUUUGGCGAUAUCGUUUAUACAAAGUUAUCCAAUGACUACAAUUCUGCUUAUGUUAAAUUCCACUUAAGACAUGCUGCAGAAAAUGCAAUUUUAUUUUUGCAUGGUGCUAUAAUCAAUGGGUCUAAUCUUAAGGUAACGUGGGGAAAUGAUAACGAAGCACAGAACGGCUCCAAGGCAUACCAAAUAUCAAAAGAAAUUCCCAUUUUCUACGGGCACCUACAGGCUCAUAAUGUUAAUUAUGCAAAUUCAGAUUUGAAAGCUCAAGCGACUGUUGCAUACGAAGGAAGCGAAAGAUUGCCUGUAUCCAAGGCAAAUGAACUUUACCUAAAAUCAAAAUUGCAUAAGCAGCAAUUGCUUGAGGGUGCGAUGUUUUGA